GGAAGAAAUCACCCCAACAAUUUCAAUCUUCUAUUUCGAAGGUCAGAAAUUUAAGAUUCAUUUGAUAAAAACUUUUUUGUAUGAUUUUUUUAUUUUUUGUCAUAGCUGAAACUCUCACGUAUGAAUGUAUUAUAGUUAUACGCUGCUAAAAUUGCUGCCUUAAGAUGAACAAUGCGAUGACAGUGUUGAUUUUCCGCAGAUUUCCAUUUAUAAGGUCGGAUGUAAACGAGCUCCUGUAUCAGCAACAGACUCUGCAACCGUAUUAGUGUUCCAUGCGGAUUUAUAAACCGACAUAAAUUGAUGAUCGCGUAUAGUGUUACUGCACUCAACAAGUUUUGGAUGUUAGGAUGGAGAUUAAUCGAAUGAAAAAAUAUAUAAUAAAUCCUAUACAACAUUUCUUCUUUUGAUAAAGUAUAUACAACAAUUCUUGAUUCUUCAAGAAUCCUAAAGUCUUAGAAUGAGUGAGCUGGAGUGAAUCAUUAGCCUGGUCAUGCUCAUGUCUGAACUAAAAACAGGUAUGAGCUAAAAACCAGUCCAUAAACAUGAAAAGAUUUGAACGAAAAGCAAACAUAAUCUUAAGAUGUCCUGGAACCAACACUCUAAAUGAAAAGGAACGUUAGGAUUCAUCGAAUUAUCCUUAAUUGUCUACCUUCAUUAUUCAUUGCACUUUCAUCCAGCCAAAAGAAAUUCGAAACGAACAAUCAAUGUAAAGGACCUUGCACAUCUUUUAAGUUCUUCUCAAAGAUUCAAACAAUGAGGGAAAUGGGAAGGAGAAAAUGCUAGAUCUGAUGGAGAGUCAGUCUGUCACAAUAGGAGAACUAUUUCCGUAUGCUUGCAUACACUCUGUAUGGUUAGAAAACACACCGCAGAUGGACUAUGAGAAUAGUAAUCCAGUGCCAAGCGUUAUCAAAGAAAAUACUCGAUACAUUAGUUCCUUUUGCAUGACUGACAAAGUGAACCAAAAAACACCCAACAACUUAAUGACCCCUAAUCCACACUGAACAUUAAUAACAGAAAGAAUAUAGCCAGUGUGAAACAAGACAUUUGCUUAAGCAUCACACCAUAUUCUCAGAGCAAUAACACAAGCAGCCCACAAAUGAACCAUGAGACAAGUUUAAACUGUUACAUCCAUAUCUACUUUAAAUAGAAGAAGCUACAAAUCUAUUGAUGUUGCAUAAAAAAUGAACAUUACAAAAAUAUUAAUGGUAAAUAAACUGCACAUUGUUAUUGAGGAAAAUAAAAUGACUUUGGCAUGUCCAUUAAAGCAAAUAACAGCAACCUGUCAACUAUUGUAAUCAUCCAGCCAAAACCAAAAGCAUGUAAUAAUAUCUCAAUAGAACUAAGAUUUAAAGGGGGAAAAAAAGGCAAAAUUUUCUAUAACCAUCAUAUAUAAUUUCAGUUUAAUAUUGUCUCCAGUACAAAUCAAUAACGCACAAUGCUAUGGGAGAGUAUCGAAAGCUAUUAUCUCACAAGCAAUGGAACCACUUUGAACAAACAUUAGACCACCCACUUGAUUAUCAUAUACCUGGUAAAAUGGAAGUCCACAGACACAAUUUUCAUCACCCUACAUACUGUGAUAUCCUAGAAGCCAUAUUACUAACUUGGGCAUGCAUUUGAGCGUUUCUGAUCUUCGAUGAUGUUGCCCGGUGAAUAAACUGAUCACGUGACAAUAGCCUCACAUGCCUCAAGUAUUGAUCAAAGGGUAUCGCCCCUUCCUGGACUGCCUUAUCCAAGGCAUAUAGAACAUCCUCAGCAGCUAGAUCCAAUGCUGUACACUCAAUCAGUUGCUUAGAUAAGGCAUCACAUGGCUCAAAUGCCUGAUCCACAUCAACAUUACCUCCCAAUUUUCCCAAUUUCUCACCAUUCUCCUUCAACCACGUUUCCAUCACGUCGGCAUUCAUCAACACCAUUUGUAACUGCUGUUCCAGUAUUUCCUUCUCAUCCUGCAUCUCCUUCAACCCAUUUGCCAGCUGAUUCUCACGUUGCCUUAAGGCUGCUUGCACACUUAUUAAUCCUUCAACUUCUGCCUCCCUAGAUUUCCUCAGCCCGACCAUAUCACUGUAAACAGUCUCCACCAACUUAUUCAUGGCAUUCCUCUUAUAAACCUCACUAGGGUCAUCCAUUAUCCUUCCCGACAUGUUCCCUCCACCAGCAGUAUACGGCGACGGAGGGUACGGUGGAGUCACCCUAGGCGGUAUCGCAGGUUUUGGGCCCAACCCCGGAUUGGGAGUAUUAACAGCAACAGUAUUUGGAUUGGGAAAACUAGGGUUUGGGUUUGGGUUCGGAUUAGGGCGGCGCUGGGAAUAUACAGGUGGCUCACGGCCGAAAAAAUGGGACAAAUUCCGAGCUAAUUCAACUAAACUAGAACUAGGAUAAACCCAAUUUUGCAAAUAAGGAAUAGAAACGACACCGUCAGGGCUAACAAAAGGAUGGCCACGUUUGAUAAUCAUAUCAGGAGUUGGAGUAACAUAUACCAGUGGAGCGUGGCGAGGAUAAGAUUCCAUGAGCCAGAUUUGGAUCGGGAUGUUGUAAGUCACGUUCUGGAACACCAUCGGAACGGUCCCUUCCGCUUGGAGAAGGUUGACGGAGCGGCCAUCGUUGUGGGUAAACGACGACGUCUUGAUUUGAAGAGAAGGAUACGCCUCGGAGAGAGCUAGAAGAUGUUGCCGGAUGAGCCAUUUGACGUCUUCUACGUACGGUAAGGCGCGUGUUGAGAGGACGUUGUUGAGGAAUUGCUGGUUGUACUGAGCAUUCACGGCCGGAGGAGGCGGUUGCGGAACCAUGGCGACAGGACGGCGGUGGGUAUUAUUUCCGGCGAGAAUUUCCGAUCGUUUCUUACUUUUUUUCGCGAUUGGGAAGUCAGUUAAGCAAUGAUAUUUGGAAUCCAGAAGGAAUUUCUCCGUGUCCUUCUUUAUUUUACUAUUUAUUUUUUUUAUUUCCUUUUGCUUUCCUGGGCCGCGUUUUAGUUGACUUUCUGGGUCAACGAAAUGUAAAAUAUUUAUACUGGGCCUAAGCCCAACAAGUACUUUGCUCAUCUUUGUAAGUUUUGCUCCAAUAACUAUGCUAUACAAGGUCUGACCCAUUAACCUUACGACCCAAAAAUAGUUUUCAGUAUUAGGGUUUUUAUAUAAAGUAGGCAGUAUAAACCCUAGAUUGCUUAAACAGCGUCUGCCCACCUGCACGUUUCUCCUCAGGCAAAGGACUCAUCUACUGGUAAGUCACUCUCUGUCCGAGUUCCGAUUUAGAUUUAGCUUUAGAACUGAUUAAAGUAUGGAGGGUUUGAUGGGUUUUUGAAAUCUCAAUCUUUGCAUUUGUAUCGACAUCCCAUUUCUUUGUUAAGGAGGUCCUGAUAUCUUGGCUUGUUUGCUUCAAAAAUGGUGCUAUUCGUUUGAUCGUUGCACUCUAACUUGUUGUGGGUUCUCAUUUCAUUGUGGGUUUAGUGGGUUCUCUUUGAUUUAUUUGGUUUUGAUUGAAUGAGGCGGAGUGAUAUUUGAGCUUAUACCUGUUUGUACGCGUAGAAUGUAAUCAUUGGGUGGAUUUGGUGGCUUUUGGUUUUGAUUUCCUUGAGGAUCUUUUGGAAGGGGAUGUCUCUAUCAUGUGGUUAAAUUGGGUUUUUCUUUGCUUCGAAUUGUUUCAAUUUUUGUUUGACAUUUCUUGUUGUAACUGACUGACAGAGAUGGCGGACGCCAAGGUUAUUGUCCCGGAAUCUGUUCUGAAGAAGCAGAAGAGGAACGAAGAGUGGGAUUCGGCUAAAAAGCAGCAGCUUGUUGCUGCAAAGAAGAAGAAUGCUGCCAACAGGAAGCUCAUUUACAGCAGAGCUAAGCAGUAUGCUCAGGAAUAUGAGGAGCAGCAAAAGGAGCUCAUUAGGUUGAAGCGUGAAGCAAGGUUGAAAGGAGGUUUUUAUGUCAACCCAGAGGCAAAGUUGCUUUUCAUCAUCCGUAUCAGAGGUAUCAAUGCAAUGCACCCAAGGACGAAGAAGAUCUUGCAGCUUCUUCGUUUGAGACAGAUCUUCAAUGGUGUGUUCUUGAAGGUUAACAAGGCAACCUUGAACAUGCUUCACCGUGUCGAACCUUAUGUGGCCUAUGGGUAUCCUAACUUGAAGAGUGUCAAGGAACUGAUUUACAAGAGAGGAUAUGGCAAGGUAGACAAGCAGAGGAUUCCUUUGACCGACAACUCAGUCAUUGAACAGGUCCUUGGCAAACAUGGAAUUAUCUGCAUUGAAGACCUUGUUCAUGAGAUCCUGACCGUUGGACCUCAUUUCAAGGAGGCCAACAACUUCCUCUGGCCAUUCAAACUCAAGGCACCUCUUGGUGGACUGGAGAAGAAGAGGAAUCACUAUGUUGAAGGAGGAGAUGCUGGAAACCGGGAAGAGUACAUCAAUGAACUUAUCAGGAGAAUGAACUAGAUUUGUAGUGUUCCCAGAUAGUACUCUUUUUUGGCAAGGAAGUUUUGAGUGAGAUCGUUUUCCAGAUAUUGUUAAAAACAUGUUGAUGAGAACAAAGUUUACUUUUCUUUCUUAUUUAGGAAAUCGACUUGGCUUUCGUCUUUUGUGUUUCAAGUACAACUUAAAUAUGUAUUCUCUAAGCCUAAAGUUUUCUUGAGCUUUCUUUGUUCACUCUCGUUUACGAGUCUUUUGGGUGAUUUCUUUUUCUGAAUAAAAGUAUUACGUGUCUAUGUAUAUGAUAAGUAUAUAACUCAAUUUGAAGCCUCAUAUCAUGAAUGCUCAAAAGAUUUCGAC